AAUGGCGUAUGGAGACAUGAAUUGACGCAAUGGGGAAUAUUUAUCUAUAUUUUAGACAAUUAUUAAAUGCAUUUCGGAACUAAACCAGAAUGGGUUUUAAGAUUGACUUUAUUGUGAUCUUAUUUAUUUUAGAUGUGGAACAGUAUUUAAUAUUAAAAGUCAAUGGUGCAUGUACGUGGCCGGCGGAGUUUGUUUCUACUCAAUGGCACGACAGUUCACGUGGCAUUCUCACAUUUGGCACGGAAUCUAUGCAAGGAUGGACGUUCACUCCUACAACAGGCACAGUCGUUUCCUCGUGGGAUUGUGUCUCCGUCUCCACAUUCAGCUCAGACGGACGGAUGAUAUUAAUCACAUCGCAACCUUUUUCUUUAUUUUCAACAAAUUACUACGCCUAUUUAUGUAUCACCGUCACCAAAGUCACAGUGUCCUCGUACAGAUAUUACAUCAAUCAUGGAAUACAAGGUAACGUAAAUAAUGAACGUGUAUUCAUCUACCCCGUCAGUACCCUCACAGACUAUGGUACAAUAUGUUCCGACUCAGGGGCAUCCGGUGGGGAAUAUCAAAUGCUUAUUAAAGACGGGAAUGAAUCUGCCGCUAAAAUUGACUGUCCGUGGCACUUUUUAGGCCGGUAUGGGUACACACACACUGUGUUUGGUGGGUCGACAACCUGUGACCAAAGUUCUUCUGAAAUAGACAUGUGUACAGAUACACAAGAAAUAAAAUUUGAUUACAACGCAUGCUCAACAAAGGUGGCGUAUUCAGUCUCUGACACAUUAUGGUGUGUUGACAACAUUGCGGAGGGUGAUACAAAUUAUGUUAUGGUAUUCAAUGGUAACGAUGCCGACUCCCUCAUAGACAACCAAUCUGUAUUUAGAUUUACUUGCAUGGCUGUAUCUGGAGAUGCCUCCUCCGCCUCUGUGUCACCGAGGUACUGCCAGAAUGGUCAGACACCGGACCAGUACCCUUCAGCAGCUUCUGGACAAACGACAGGCGCUCUACUUGCGUUUUCAAAUUCUACAGAGACCUGUCGUAAGUAAUCAUUUUAGUGGUAU